AUGACGCGCCGAGCACGCCAUUCCGCCAUCUCUUACGACUCGGACGCGUCUUACUCCCCCGAGAACGAAUUUGACGAUGGUGGUCUCUUUGACAAAGUUGAGCCCUUCACUCGGAUACUCCAGCUCUUCGGUGGCAACGUUCAUCCACCUGAGUACUACCGGGAAGCCGUUGAGAAAUUCAACGAGACCGCCUACGAAGCUCAAGACUAUAGCGACGGUAGUCUACUGCUCCUCGAUGCCUGCGACGCACAAUGGCGCCAGUACUGCGAGGUGCUGGGUUGUGACCCCCAAAAAUGUUUGGAGUCUGUCUCCGAGUCCAGCUCCCUGCGGCUUUUGUAUAACUUUUUUGACUGGUCCCUCAACCAGAAGGUCGGUAAGGAUGGCAGGAAAAGGCGAGGAACGAGGAAGAGCAGCUCUUUGAGCACAUACUGGAAAGUCUUCCGACUCGUCUUCGAGAGAGCCACUGGAGACAAACUCGACCAGAAACUAAAUCGGCGUAUGCACAAGGUUCUCCGAGACCUCUCCAAAAAACAUGACUUGAGCGACCAGAGGCGAGCGAAUCGAUGCAUGACGAUCGAAGAUCUCAAGGAGCAAAUCGAAACGACAAUUAGCACGACAAAAAAAUCGUUCAGGCUUGGGGAACUUCGGAUCCUUGCUGUUCUCUUUCUCCUUCUUCUUGCACCCGCUGGAGCUCGCCCCACAUCCAUCCUGCGUCUCCGGUUUGGAGACAUCCGGCUCGCACUGGUGAAAGACCCAGAAGGUGGACCGCAUAAUAUUUUGAUUCGCUUCACCUUAGCCUUCACGAAAACGUACCUCGGUGUCAAAGAUGCGAAAACAUUUCCUCUUCCAGAGACCUUGGCCGACCCUUCCUUGCUACUCAAUCCUCACAUCUUCCUGCUAGGCAUUCUUUUCCGCCAUCGCGCGUUCCGAGCAACAAGUCUCAAUUCACCCGCACAGCUUGCCAAUCUUGAUAUCCACCCUGAGGAGCGGGAGCUACCUCUGCCGCUCAAGGACGAUCUAAAGACACAUAUAUAUUCCGACGGGCUAUGA